UCUUCCACAUGUAUUCCAACUGUUUCAAAUGGACAGAAAAUGUGUCUCGCGACGCACGCAACUCUGAAUCCGUCUAUCCUAACUUUAUCCUGCAUUUGCUGACUAUACAUUGGAUAUACUCAAGCCUUUUGAUACGACUUGACAGGAUUUACUUUUUUUGAAAAAGUAUUAGCAUUUUUUUCUCAUGAAAGUGUGCGGCCCGGCCUCUCACCUAGCGCUCCCCUAUGUCCUGGCCUGCUGAGUCCGGUGUCUCCUCACUGGACUUGGGCUGUAGCUGAACCCAGGCUGCUGCUGGAUUUACUGGUGCUGGUACUGCUCCUGGCACUGGUGGUGGUGGGUGUCCCGUCCCAGGGGCCUGGAGGAGCCCCCUCUCCUGUCCACCUCCCAGCCACAGGAAGAUGAACAAGCUGACCAGCUUCCACAACAACAAAGCCAUGCAGGACCGGCGCUGUGUGUGUGUGUUCCUCCCCAACGAUGACACGCUGAACGUCAUCGUCAACGUGAAGACUCUGUGCCAGGAGCUGCUUGUCCAGGUUUGUGACCUUCUCCGACUGAAGGACUGUCACCUGUUUGGACUCAGCGUAAUUCAGAACAAUGAGCACAUCUACAUGGAGUUGGGCCAGAAACUGUCCAAGUACUGUCCCAAGGAGUGGAAGAGAGAGGCCAGCAAGGGGAUCGAUCAGUUUGGGCCUCCCAUGAUUAUCCACUUCAGGGCUCAGUAUUACGUUGAAAAUGGAAGGCUAAUAAGUGACCGCUCGGCCAGGUACUACUACUAUUGGCAGCUGAGGAAACAGGUGUUGCUGUCUCAGUGCAUCCAAAGGGAGGAAGCUUACUUUCUGCUGGCAGCCUUCGCCCUGCAGGCCGAUCUGGGCAACUUCAAACGAAACAAGCACUUUGGGAAGUACUUUGAACCGGAGGCCUACUUUCCUCCAUGGGUGAUAGCCAAGCGCGGACGUGACUAUAUCCUGAGGCACAUUCCCAACAUGCACAAAGACCAGUUUGCCCUCACUGCCUCAGAAGCUCAUCUCAAAUACAUCAAGGAGUGUGCCCAGCUUGAUGAUGUCACUGUCCACUACUACAGACUAUAUAAGGACAAAAAGGAAGUGGAGGCUUCUUUGACGUUAGGAUUGACCCUACGUGGAAUCCAAAUAUUUCAGAACGUGGGCACGGUGAGACAGCUCCUAUAUGAUUUCCCCUGGACCAAUGUGGGCAAGCUGGUGUUUGUGGGGAAGAAGUUUGAGAUCUUGCCUGACGGUCUUCCUUCGGCCCGUAAGCUAAUUUACUACACCGGUUGCCCACUGCGAUCCCGACACCUAUUACAGCUUCUCAGCAACAGCCAUCGCCUCUACAUGAACCUUCAGCCUGUCCUCAAACAGGUCCGCAGACUGGAAGAGAACGAAGAAAAGAAGCAGUACCGUGAGUCGUACAUCAGUGAUGCCUUGGAGCUGGACAUGGACGGGCUGGACAAGCGUUCCCGGGCCAGCGGCAGCAGUGCCGGCAGCACCGUGUCCCACCUGAAACGGCUGUCUCGCCACUCCACCACCAGCCACAGCAGCUCACACACCUCGGGCAUCGAGACGGACAGAGGGGCUCCACACCGGGCCCUGAGGACCUGCGGCUCCUCAACAACCAGCCACGGGAGCUCACACACUUCAGGGGUUGAGAGCGGGGGCAAGGACCGCAUGCUGGAUGACGAUGAAAUUGAGAUGUUAGUGGACGAUCCUAAAGAUUAUGAGGAGCUCCAUGAGCUGGCCCUAGAACUGAACCAGGACCUGUGCAUCCACAUCACAGAAGACAUGCUCACCAUGUCCCCUGAGCAAACCAAUGGAUACUCAGGACUAAUAGUGAAGGAAGUAAGCUCGUCCACCUCUAGCUCCUCUGAGACCGUGGUCAAGAUGAGAGGCCAGAGCAUCGAGUCCCUCCCUCAGGUCAGGGGCGGAGACGUCAUUUCCUGUUUGACGUCAGUGUGCAGGAAACCACAGACGUCAACUGACCGGCACAGCCAAUCCCUGGACGACGUGCGUCUCUACCAGAAGGGGUGUCUGCAGUGGGCGGAGCUAUGCCAGGAUACGGCCCACAGCUACACCUUUGGCUGCGCCCAGGAGUUGAGCGAUAGCAGCGGUUACCAGGGUAACCUGGCCGAGCAAUGCACCGGCAUGCGCGGGGACCAGCUGGACGGCUUCCCCAUCAAAAGGACCAGCAAGUACUUCUCCCUGGACCUAACCACCGAAGAGGUCCCAGAGUUCGUGGUGUGAUUGAGGGGGAAGGGGGGAUGAUGGGGAAUAGGUUGAUGUGACGGGGGUGACCUCAGCAGCCCGGCUCCCCUGACCCAAAUACUCAGACUUGGUGGUACCUCAGGAUCCAAAGCAAGAGAAGAGAACUACUUUUGGAGGGGUGAUACUUGUUUGUGUGUCUGACAAACCCAUCCGCUGUAACCUAGCAGCACCGGACUGGGAGGAGUCAGAGGACAUAAAGAAAAUGGAAACUGAAAGAACCUUCUAAGGAUUUUUUUUGUAGACUAAAACGGGAAAGAUAAAUGAGGAUACAUCUUUGCUAGGUUUCAUGAAAAAUCUGCAGGCAUCUUUUAUUGGGAAGGAAGCUGCUUUAUGUCGGCACUCUAGUUGGGAAUGGAGUGUGAAAGGAAAAAUAAGGGAAAGUCAAGGAAUAGCUAACCAUGAACUUUUUCAUUCAAGCAAGCCCUGACUGUCUGUAUUUCUGAAGCAUGUACUUUCUCCAGACUGGUUUUUGGAUCUGCAUGCCAUGGAUAGUGGUUCCCACUGUUUCCGCUCUGCUUCCCCUACUGCAAGGAAAGAAACAACUCUCAUUGAUAGUCAAGCUACAGCUAUGAACCAAAGAGAAGUCACACUAAACACUUAAAGAACAGCAGCUUGACAAUGUUUUAUGUCUCUAUUGUUUAUUAUUUUAAUGUGCAUCCAACCAAUGAGAUAAUAGAUCCUUGUCAGUCGAUGACACGAUAACAUGAUGUCACAAUGAGAUGGUUCUGUAUUGUUCUGACUCUGAUUCCUGACUCCAGAGUGUGACCCAGGCAGGGGGAUUUGGGUUAGUUUCAGAACAUUCCAGGAGAAGAAAUCCUGACCCUCCUGAGUGUCUUCCCAUCUCUAGAAUGCAGUAUGUCAAAUAUGACAUAAUCUUGGAGCCUAGAACCAAAAUCCAGCGUGUGCUAAUCUGUCACAAGUGGUUCGACAUGACACACCAUAUCUCUUUUUGCGAGGAAGUGCAAUGUGCCAAUGGUUUGUGGCACUGUCUCAAGUGUAGUGACUAGACUGAUGUUAUGAACACACCCAAUGUGCCUUUAUCACACCUAUGCAAGUCCUGGAUCACAACCUUGCCUUGACAAUCAAUCACCACUUCUCCCUGAGCAACAUGCACCCACAAACCGAAAAGUUUUAGGUAAUUUAGGUUAAGUAUAUUUUAUUAAGUUAUAGUUCUGUAAUUACAUUAUUGGUCAGAAGGACCUGUGUUAUUUGAUAUUUGGCAAUUGGAACAUUAUUGUUCCGUUUUCAUGGAUUAACCAAUAAUAAAUUAAUGAAAGUACUCUUGUAAUGAUGUGAUUCACUAUCCCUAUCCUAGUUUUAUGUUAAAACAUGUCUGUGUCAUGUUUAGUUUCCCGUCACCUUCACUUCCUGUCCAGAUAAAUGUAAACCGGGUAACGUCAUAGGUUAAUUCCCUGAAAACAUCAUUGGCUGUUUCUGGUUGGCUCUGAUGCUUGGGGCUGGUUGAGUUUCUACAUGUCUUUACCUGCCUUUCGGUGUGCAGAGCUGAGUAAAAGCAGAUAAUGUCAUCCACAAACAUGCAUACACACUGACAAAAUGGAGGCGAAUUGGCCUGAGGACAGCUAAGAAACUGACCUGUUACUUUGCUCUUUUUGUAUGUUGGUUGUUUUAAAAAAAGUUUAUUAAUUUGGUUGUCUUUGUUUUUAGCAUUUUCUUUUAUUGUCUUGAUUAUUAUUUUAAACUGGAACUUGUUACAACAUUAUGUUUCUUCUGUUUUCAUUAUUUUAGGUGAUUGGAAGUUGAAAUUGUGAUCUUUUUUGUAUGGAGCGUUUUAGAACAGUGAUAUUUGUUGUAUAUGUUGAAAAGGUAUUACUUGUGUGUAGUGGGUGUCUGUCAGUAUUAUAAGCGAUGUAUGUGGCAGUAUUAGAAACCUGUGACAUCAAAUUCACUUAGUUUUAAUAUUGUGCGCCUUUUUACCCAGGGCUAGUUGUCAUUUCAAUUUACGGUAGCUGAAGAACGUUAAUAUGAUAUAUAAUGAUCUAUGCUUUGCUCAGUUAAUUAACCAAGCGCUCAAUGUUUCCAUGGUGUGAACUCCACAAAUCAUGUUAGUGACAUUUCUUACACCUUAUUUUCCAUUAAAGCUGCUCUCUAAUGCCUCUUUUAUUUGCUAUUAUCUUAGAGAUUUUGACCCUCUUAAAACUCAAAACUACUCAAUCUAAAUUGAAACUAGGAUUUGUUUCCCAAAUUGGCCUAAAAACAGUACAUUUGCAUUUAUACUGGAGUCAGUAAAUACUUUUGAAAAUGACUGGGUCAGUUUCAGUAACCUCUUGUUUAUUGUAUGGUGAGAGUGCCAAACGGAUGUCCAGUUUAAUUCCAUAUUUGUAAUCCCAUUAACUAACAUCUUUAGAAUAAUGAACAAAACUAAAUACUACUUCAUUGUGUAUUUGUAAUACAAGACCACAGUGUACCUCAAUUAAGCAAUAGUUUGAGAGUAAAUAAACCAAGCUUUUUCUAGAACCUUCUGGAGAGAAAUAAUGUUCUAGAAGUUUUAGAAUGUUCUAGAAGACUCUGCUGUGGUACUGGGCAGAGAUGGGAUAUUUCCUCCUCACGUUUCAAAAGCUGAACAUGGUGGUAUAGAACAAAGCAAGGCCAAGGAAACAAAACCAAAUUGUUGAAAAUGUUUAGCUAUAAUAAUUAAUAUCAAAUAAUUAUUUUGAUAUUGUUUGUUGAUUUCAAAGAAAAACAAUUUAUGCUGUAACAGUUCAUUUCUAAUUGUAUUUUUUUUCUAUUUUUUACGUUAUUUCUACUCAUCAGUAAUUGGGAUCUAAGUAAACAGAAAGACAGUUUUUCACAUGUUGAAUGAAAAUUUUCCAGUAGUUUGUUAAUGAUGUUCUUCUAUAUGCUAUUUAAACUCAGUGUGUUCAGGUACAUAGCCAUAAAAUUAGAACCACAGCCUGAACAUUGUUGCAUUUUGUUAAACUUUCUCCUUUGGCGAUUUAGCUUAUAUUCACAGCCAUGCUGGCUCUAAGUAAAGGUUUGUAUGUCUGCACUAAGUAUCCAUAGUCCUUUCUGUGAAAGGAUCUCCCUUCAGGAAAAAAAUAUGUUCUUUUGUCAAACCCUGUAGUGAAAAAAACAUUUGUUAAUAUGAAGUCUGGUGUGUGCCUUCUUGGUACUAAUGCCCAUAACAACAUUCAAUAAAAAAUGUACAUUAAAUUA